AUGGCUUUGCUCCAUCCCUUCACCAGCCGCCUCCUCCUCCUCCUCCUCCUCGCUGUGCCCCUUUCCUGGGGUGCAAACCAGUCCCCGCAGCCCCCCAGCUCCCUGCCUGCUGUCCCCCCACUGCCCCUCCUGCAGGCCCUGCAAGUGCGGGCACUAGGCAGCCGGGGCUGGCAAGCGGGGCCGGCAACUGGGCAGCCCCUGCGCUACAUGCUGAACCUGUACCGGCAUGCUGCCGACCACGAAGGGCGACCCCGCCACGGCCGCAGCCUGGGCACCAACACCGUCCGCCUGGUCCAGGCCAGUUCCCACAGGGGUCAGCCCUGGGCAGGUCGCUGGUACGUGCAGCCCCUCACCUACCGCCUGGAGGGCCAGCCCGAGGCCGAGCACCUCCUCCGAGCCACUGUGGUCUACCUGCCCAGCCUGCCACUGGCCCGCGGUCGCCUCCUCUGCGCCCUGGAGCUGGUGGCCACCGGCAAGGCACCUGGGGUGCUGCUCAGCCCUGCCACCCGCCCCCACCAUGGCUGGGCCGAAGCGGACGUUACCCCUUACCUGGCGCUGGGGAACGGCAGCGUGGGGAGCCUGGUGGUGCGGCAUGUCUGUGUGCGUGCCGGCCGGGCAGGGGGCCGCGAUGCCCCAGUGGCCCCCAGCCACCCCUUCCUCCUUCUCUACCUCAAUGACACCCAGGCUGGGCUGGCACCGCCAGUGGCAGAGCCCCACCGGCACCGCCGUGACACGGGGACGCUGGCCCACGACCUGCCCAGCUACCUGAGGGAGCAGGGAGGGGAGAAGAGCGACUGCUCCCUGCACCCCUUUCCCGUCAGCUUCGCCCAGCUGGGCUGGGACCACUGGAUCAUCGCUCCCCACCGCUACAACCCGCGCUACUGCAAGGGUGCCUGUCCCCGCCUGCUCCGCUAUGACUACCACGCGCCCAACCACGCUGUGGUGCAGAGCUUCGUCCAUCAGCUGGUGGAUGCCAAUGUGCCCUGGCCCUCCUGCGUCCCCUACCGCUACAGCCCCAUCAGCGUCCUCAUGAUCGAGCGUGACGGCGGCAUCCUCUACAAGGAGUACGAGAACAUGAUUGCAGAGUCCUGCACCUGCCGGUAA